AUGUCGACCCUCGAGCCAAUCGUUCUAUACGGCCAUAGUUUCGCUCCCAAACCGGUGAAAGUGGCCAUGAUCCUUGAAGAGCUAGAAAUCCCUUAUGAGACGGUCACGGUCGAUCUUACCAAAGUGAAAGAAGAGCCCUACAUCUCCAUCAACCCCAACGGCCGGCUCCCUGCCAUCAAAGAUCCUAACACGGGCAUUACUCUGUGGGAGUCGGGCGCCAUCAUCGAGUACCUUGUCGAGCAGUACGACACCGACCAUAAGCUCACGUAUUCAUCAACACCCGAAAAGUUCCUGCUCAAGCAAUUUUUGCACUUUCAAAUGUCGGGACAGGGGCCAUACUUUGGCCAGCUAGGUUGGUUCAAGAUGUACCAUCCAGAAGACGUGCCGAGCGCCAAGGAGAGGUACGAGGGGCAGACUGUAAGAGUUUUACAUGUCCUGGAUUUCGUGCUGAAGGGAAAGAAGUAUCUCGUUGGAGACAAGGCGACAUACGCUGACAUCGCCUUCAUGUCCUGGGACUACGUGGCCCGGCUCUUGCUCGGAGAGGCGUGGAACGAAAAGUAUGCCAUCAACUCCAAAUACCCCGACUACGCCGCAUGGGUGGAGCGAAUUAGGGCUCGGCCAGCCGUAGCUAAGAUGGUGGAGGUUAUGGAGUCGGAGAGGUUGAAGGAGAGGAGUGGUUAG